UCGACACGAAAUCUUCUGAGGUGUCCUCAUUUAUUCUGAUCCAUUCACCACCGCCAUUAUUUUUUGUUUUGCUUGUGAUAAUGGGAGAAUGGAGAUGCAUCCUUUUCAAUUAUUGUGUUGCAAUCAUUCAUUCAAAGUUCAAUCAAUCAAACAUCAUCCUUUCCAUAUCAUAGUUAUCUGUGCAGCUUCAAAGCCCUGUUUGGUGUUGUAGAUAUAUGUAAAGUUUUUGAUAGAUUGAGGAAUGCAUUCAUCAACGUAACAGUUCAGGUAUGGAGAAGCAGAACCCUACAAAAGUAGAAUUUGAAAUCGGUAUAGUACAUGCUAAUUCAGACGACCAAGGUACCCCAGAAAAUAAUUUGGGCUUUAAGGGAGAACUGGAUAAAUUGAGCCCAAAAAGCUUACAGUAUUUAGAAACUGUGAAGCCCAAAGAAGAAAAGGAGGAGAAAUUGUUUCUUAGCUCAGAUGAGUUGGGUAUUAAAAAUAUCAUAUCAGAGCAGCUGUAUAAUAAUAUAAUUGCAGAGAACACAAGUACUCAGAUGCUGUUUGAAAACUCUUCGGACAUCCCUCUUCUGUCAAGAAUAAAUCGGCUUGAUAUUGUUCUUGAUUAUCUGGAAGAUACAAAUUUGUCUGGUGGGUCUACCAAAGCAUUACCUGCAAUGGAUGGGGAAAAAUCUGCAAUGUCUGAAAUGGUGUCUGAUGAUAACAGUCUAGAGAAAAGAUGUAAGCCCAUAAGCUGGGUUUUAGAGGAAGCUGAAGCCAAGGGAACAAUUAUGGAGCGAGUUGCCGUACUUGAGGAUAGGGUCAAAAGGAUUAGAGAGGAGUUGGAGCGAAGGAACUCUUGUGACCAGGCGAUUAAGAGCAAUGGAACAGAAGCACAGAUGCAUAAUUUGCAUUUGAAUGGGUCAAAUGGAUGCGAAAUUGUGCUUGAAGAUGAGAAGCAGAAAGUUGGAGUUAUACCUUCUGAAAGUAGGCAGAAAGGUCUCCAUGAAGAUGCUUCAAGGCGGAUAAUUUCACAGGCAGAGGAUAUUAACAAGGAUAAUAAUAAUCAUCCUAUGAAUAAGGAUGAUGAUUUUCCAAAGCACAACAACAUGGAAGAAGAAAGGGCCAAGGAGAAGAACCAAAAUCAAAGUAGAGGGAAAGGAAAGCUUAGGCGCAUGUUUCCAGGAUGCAUAUUUCUGCAUUCUCAUUAACUAUUUUAUUUAACAUAACAUGGCCUCUUUGAAACACUGUAAUCUAAACAUGUAAGUUUUAACAGCAAACCCAUUAAGUAUUAUGUUUUAAAGCCUUGUAAAUUACUUUAUAUCUCUCCCAAAUCCUAGACAGGAAUACUGUCCAGGCAGUGAUUUUACUAAAUCACUGUCAAUACUGUUAAGCAGUGAGUGUUCUUGUCUGUUUGACUGUACAUCUAAAGCUGUUUAUUUGUAAUCUUAUUCGCUUCAAUCCAAUAAAAAGGAGGGAUUACAAUAAGGAAAAAUGAAUUAAUU